CUUCCUCCCCUUCCUCCUCCUCCUCCUCCUCCUCCUGCUCGGCAUUGUCGGCGAGGGGCUCCCAGGGAGCGGAGCCUUGGGCCUGGCUCUCCCUCCCUCCUUCCCCCGGCCCCCGGGUCCCCCCUUUUUCCUUUCCUCUCCUAUCUGCUCCCCCUCCCUUCCCUCCUUCCCCUCUUCCUCCUCCUCCUUCCUUCCUUCCUUCCUUCUUCCAUGGCGGAGACAAAAAUCAUCUACCACAUCGACGAGGAGGAGACCCCUUACCUGGUGAAGCUUCCUGUCUCCCCGGAAAAAGUCACCCUGGCCGAUUUCAAAAAUGUCCUCAGCAACCGGCCCGUCCACAGCUACAAAUUCUUCUUCAAGUCCAUGGACCAGGAUUUUGGGGUGGUGAAGGAAGAGAUCUCCGAUGACAAUGCAAGGCUGCCGUGCUUCAACGGACGUGUCGUGUCCUGGCUGGUCCUGGCCGAAAGCGCUCAUUCGGACGCCGGUUCUCAAUGCACUGAAAGCCACCCCGACCUUCCUCCUCCCCUUGAAAGAACCGGAGGCAUCGGAGACUCCCGGCCGCCCUCCUUCCACCCGAAUGCUGCAAGUAGUCGAGAUGGGCUGGACAACGAAACUGGGACGGAGUCGGUGGUCAGCCACAGGCGGGAGAGGCACCGGCGAAGGAACCGCGAAGGGCAUGAAGAUGUCUCCCGCAUCAAUGGGCACACAAAGCUCGAGAGGCACCGAGAGCACCCGCCAGGCUACGACAGUUCCUCCACCGUCAUGAGCAGCGAGCUGGAGUCCAGCAGCUUCGUCGACUCGGACGAUGAUGAAAACACAAGCAGGUUGAGUAGCUCCACGGAACAAAGCACUUCGUCCCGUCUCAUCCGGAAGCACAAACGCCGGCGGAGGAAACAGAAGAUGCGGCAGAUUGACAGGUCGUCCUCCUUCAGCAGCAUCACGGACUCCACCAUGUCCCUGAACAUCAUCACUGUCACACUCAACAUGGAAAAAUACAACUUCCUGGGGAUCAGCAUCGUCGGCCAGAGCAACGACCGGGGCGAUGGAGGCAUCUACAUUGGCUCCAUCAUGAAGGGUGGUGCCGUGGCCGCCGAUGGACGGAUUGAACCAGGGGACAUGUUGUUACAGGUGAACGAGGUCAACUUUGAGAACAUGAGCAAUGACGACGCAGUGCGGGUCUUGAGAGAAAUUGUCUCCAAGCCGGGUCCCAUCAGCCUAACAGUGGCCAAAUGUUGGGAUCCAACGCCCAGGAGCUAUUUCACCAUCCCCAGAGCUGAACCCGUUCGGCCGAUCGACCCGGCGGCUUGGAUCUCUCAUACCACGGCCCUGACGGGAGCGUACCCCCGUUACGGUAUGAGCCCCUCCAUGAGCACCAUCACCUCUACCAGCUCCUCACUAACAAGCUCAAUUCCUGAUUCGGAAAAACUAGACGAAACCCCCUUGACGGUCAAAAGCGAUAUGGCUACCAUUGUCAAGGUUAUGCAGUUACCCGAUUCCGGCCUUGAAAUCCGAGACAGGAUGUGGUUAAAAAUUACCAUCUCCAAUGCUGUCAUCGGCGCAGACGUGGUGGACUGGCUUUAUACGCACGUGGAGGGCUUCAAAGACCGAAGGGAAGCCCGGAAGUAUGCCAGCAGCAUGUUAAAACAUGGCUACCUCAGGCACACUGUGAACAAAAUCACUUUCUCGGAGCAAUGCUACUACGUCUUUGGAGAUCUGUGUGGCAAUCUGGCCGCGCUCAACCUUAACAAUGGCUCCAGUGGAGCUUCGGACCAAGACACGCUUGGUCCGCUCCCACAUUCGGCCGCACCGUGGCCACUGGGGCAAGCCUAUCCAUACCAGUACCCACUGGCCGCCCCAUGUUUCCCACCAGCUUAUCAGGACCCUGGAUUCAGUUAUGGAAGUGGCAGUGCAGGAAGCCAACAGAGUGAAGGAAGCAAAAGCAGCGGCUCCAACCGAAGCAACAGCGAGAACAGCCGGAGGGCUCUGAACCGGGAGAAGGACCGCAAGUCGGCCGGCAGCGGCAGUGAAUCGGAACCCGCCACCCGGAGCACGGGCGGGGGCAGCCUCGGGCGGAGGGAGCGGCCCGCCAGCCAGCUCAGCCACCGCAGCCACACCUCCGUGAACAGCGAGAGGAGCCCCCGCAGCCACCACUCGUACGGGCCGCCCGGCCUGCCCCCGCUCUACAGCUUCCCGAAGGCGAGCUCCAGCGCCUACGGGACCAGCGGACCCCCCGGGGGACCCCCUGUGCGAGAGCUGGGCUCCGUCCCUCCCGAACUGACGGGGAGCCGCCAGUCGUUCCAGAAGGCCAUGGGCAACCCUUGCGAGUUCUUUGUGGACAUUAUGUGAACGGAAGUGCUCCUUCAGA